GAGCUUUGCCAAGGUCAAACCUUUGUUACCAACCGAAGAAAAAUCCUCUCCCUCUCCCUCGUUAACUUAUUGAUUAUUAUACUUUCUUUUCUAUUACUGUUCUUUUUAUUAUUAUUAUUAUUAUUUGUUUACUUCACUGUUUAGUUGUUUGGUGUUGCUAGUACUGCUGUCAGCACCCAUCGGACGUGUGAUUGAGUACGUGUUUUUCAGCUGUGGUAGGAACACCGGACGAUUCCCGCUGCUGCUUGCGCCGUUUCCCGCGUGCCUCCGUAAUUGUUGUUAGUGUCUUCUUCGCUCGUCGGCGACCGCGAAAGCCGAGUAGUGACGAAGUAAAGCUAAGCAAAGGACAGAAGAGCGUCAAAAUAAAGCUGCACACCAGAAGGUAGAAGAAUUUAAAAAGAAAAGCAAAGAAAAAAAAAGAGAGAGAGAGUGUAUGUAAAUAGAAGUAUAAGCUGACCGCUUUGAUACCUACUACAACGGAAGCCGCAGAAGCAACUUUAAAUAAGACGAUAAGACGUGGGGCUUGCUUUGCUUCCUCCCCUUUUUUUUUCUUUUUCUAACUCGCACCUGUUGACUUCGCCCUUUUGUAUUUCAUUCCUGUGAGCUCCAUACAAAGCCUUUCGCAUUUUUUUUUUGGUUGAUGUAAUACAGCACAAACCACUCAGACACGCAGGGGAAAACAAGAUCGCCAGAACUUAUAUUCGGACCACACACCGCAACAGUCGAUAUUUGCGGAAUCUUUCACGGCGAGAUCAGCUGCGUUUUUUUUCUGUUAUUAUUAUUAGUGUUGUGUGUUUCUCCUUUUCUUUUGCUACCCUCCCUCUCAUCAUCAUCUUCGAGCCGCUCGUUGUCGCAGUUUGGAUUGAAAACUUCUACAGGUUCUUUCUUCCUUCCUCUCUCCCUUCUCCUCCUUUUUUUUGUUUUUAUUGACACCGUUUUAUUUUUGCUGCUGAUCGUUCGCAGGAUAACUUAGCUCACAAAUUCCUCUACUUUUGUUUUUGUUUCUCCCUCCUGUCUACCCCUCUCCUGUCGUGUGCGGACCGCUGCAUCCCCCGCCGUACUCGUUCGUAUACAUCUUUAUCUUUGUCUGCAUUGUUUUUUGAUUUCCUUCUCACCGCCGCCCACCCACAGUUUGCCAAACGAUACUCUCCGUUACAUGCCUCCUGUGCAUCCGCUUUAAUUCUAUUGUCGCAUUUUUCGUGUUUUUCUUCCCUCAGCGCAUUCUUUCUGUCGCUUCGCAUUAUUGUUAUUAUUCUUAACUCCCCGAAAGACGCGCAGCGAAGCCCACGUGCAGAACAUCUUCAGGAAUCGAGAACAACGCUCUUUAAAAUUUCAUCUUUCUUGUUUUUCCCGCCUCCUUCCCCGCCCUUUGCGUUCACCGCACCGCUCUCCUAAUCUCCUCUGGUGCCUUUUCGCGUCCCCCUUACGAGCUGCGGGUGCGUCUACCUUCUCUUUUCUGUGUUCCCGUCUUUGGCCUCUGCGCUAACGAAGGACGUGUGUGUGUGUGUGUGAGCGAAGAACGUUUUGAGGAACGAAGCGCGCUGUGAAAAGGAAUCUGAAAGAAAGACGAGCCUUUUUGUUGUGGUUGUUUGAUAGCAGGAGAGCGCGUUUAAUACCUCCGUUAGCAGCGACAUGUAUGGUCACCAGUUCAUGCCGGGCCAGGUGUACGGCCAGCCCGGGAUGAUGCCCUACGUGCCAGGCAUGGUGCAGCCGCCGAUGGUGCCGGGCUACACCGGCGCCCCGGACUACCGCGGUACCUUCUCGCCGAACAUGUCGAGGCAACUGCCACCGCCGCCGCCCCCGCCACCACCGCCGAUGCCGCAGCAGGGGCACGAACCGCACGACCAUGCCAUGCCUCCGCAGACGCAGCCGCACCCACGCAACAACGAGAUCGGCACGACGAGCUCCGUCAUUCACCUGCGCAACGUGACGCCGGAGGUGACGCAGCUGAGUAUCCAGAACUUGGCGCAGAACUUUGGUGACAUCAAACACAUCGUCAUGCUGCGUCAGAUGAACCAGGCCCUCAUUGAGAUGAAAAACACGAAGAGCGCCGAGCAGCUCGUGGACUUCUUCAAGGAGCCGGGCUACGCGGAGAUCGACGGCCGCCGUGUAUACAUCCGGUACAGCAACCACCAAACGCUCACCGCGACGCAGCACGUCAGCCGCACCCUGCUGGUGUCGAUGUUCAACACGCAGUACGACGUGUCGGCGGCGGCGCACAUCACGCCGGAGAUUGUGUACCAAAUCUUUGCCAACUACGGCGCGGUGGAGCGCAUCGUCGUGCUGCCGAAGAACGAAAGCAGCCAGUGGAACCACAACCGCGUGCAGGCGCUGGUGCAGUUCGGCACUCGUGAAUCGGCCGAACACGUGAAGAACAUCCUCCAAGGGCAGCCCGUCACGCUGGGCGACACCGUCACCUUCACGCUGGACAUUCAGUUCUCGCGCAUGGACGAGAUUAAGACAACCAACCCGGCCACCUCGCUCGUCAUCGAUGAUGACGGCGUGCACCGCCCACCGGGGAAUGCGGUGGAUAUGGAUGCAGUGAUGAUGCAGGCACCAAUGGCUGCCUACCCGUACGUGGGCUGGAGCUAA